GUGAAUGUCAUAACUAUUCGCAGGAAAUUCGGAAUCUAUUGUACAGCAUACUGUUAGUUGACAAAUAUCAGCUGAAUCUCAAUGAACAAUCACACAGAAUCAUAAGGGACAAAAUCAGAGACAGAUAUUUUCCUGAUCUCACGGAAACGUGUUCUGUAGAUCUUCCCGAUGGAAUUAAAGAAACACGUGACGGUGUGAUAACAUUUAUAUCAGAUAACAUCCGUCAUGACUUCAUGUACGCCUUUGUAACGGAGUGUCUGGUAGAGGACAGUGAUCUGGAGUUUUUUCUAACCACGGCCUCACGUUACGUGAUAUCAGAAUACUGCAGGUCCUGGGACUAUAAGGGGAGUGAGGGAGAGAGAUGUCUGUAUAUACCGGCCCACCCGAAGAAGAUGUACGACCUCUUUAUAGAUAAACUACAGCUGGAUAUCAUCACACAUUGUACCGUGUCUGACAGGGUAAUUCAUGACAGGAUCUGUAACAUGUUGAAAGUGCCAGGAGAAAUAUUGAAAUGGGACCAGAAAGCCAGAGAGCGGUACGUUCAGUACGCUGAGAGAGGGGGAGUACAGGAAGUCCAUCACGCCCGGGGAAUGAUUGUAGGAUGUGCUUGGUCGGGGAAGACCACGCUACUGAAUCGUCUACUGAAGCGCAGUGAGAAUGAAUUAAAGAAAAUAGAGUCAACAGAAGGAUUAGAGGUCCACGAGGAAGUAUUUGAAAUCUGCGAAGAGGAAGGAACACUCAAAGUGAAGAACGAUAUCAAUGAAUCAAAUAAAAAAAGAAAAGCAAAACCAGAUACUUGUAACCAGAAAACACUUAGUUUCUAUGAUUUUGCGGGACAAUGUGCGUACUACGCCUGUCACCAGAUUUACCUGACCAGGAGAGCUUUCUAUGUUGUGGUGGUGGACGCCUCUAAACGUCUUGACCAGAAGGUGAAUAAGAAAGUGUGUGACCAGGAAGAUACUGUUUUUGCAAAUUGGGAGUACAAAGAUUAUUUUCUAUUUUGGAUGAAAUCCAUCCUCACGUAUUGUCAUGGGCAAUCGCAUAACGAUAAAGACAGUGAUGUUAUUAUUAUCAUAAUAGCAACACAUUGGGACACAUCUGUUUACAAGGAUAAAGCCGAGUUUCUUGAUAGUCUUCAAAGGGUAUUGCCAGCUAAUUCUAACCUUGCCCAGUACAUCAUAGAAGAUUGGUGCUUCUGCAUAAAUUUAUUAAAAGACCCGAUCAAUGACCUAGAAAAACUAAUUGUACAAAUAGUGAAGUAUGGAAAUUGGAGCGAAAAAAUUCCUUCUGAAUGGAUACUGUCUGACAUAUUCCAGAAAGAAAAGCAUAGGCGGGUUAUGAAUCUUGAGGAAAUCAAAACUCUUUUCAGGCAUCAUGGAGAUGAAAAUCAAGUGCUUGAUCUGGCAAAUGAUAUGUUAAGAUAUUACCACGAUGCCGGAAAAGUUCUUCAUUUUGAUGAAGAAAGUCUUACUAAUUCAGUGAUAAUUGAUGUCCAAUGGUUUGUAAAUGCGUUUAAAUUCAUUAUGACAGAUAGGCAUCAUGUAAAGGGAAUCAAUGCCAGAAUGCAAGAUUGGGAUGAAUUCUACAAUACAGGAAAUUUAAAAGAUUCCCUUCUCAAUGACAUAUGGAGAAUAGAAGAUGAAAGACUUUUGAAAACGAAAACCAAAACGUCAUCAGAAGAAAUCAAAUUUGAUGACGAUCCUUAUUUUAUAAUGUAUCACAAAGAAGAAUUAUUGUUGUACAUGCAGAGAUUGGGUUUGAUUUCUAGUGAAGGCGAGACGCACUAUGUUCCUUCCAUGAACAAGAAGGACUUCGGGGGAAAACAGAAGGAGAUAAUCAAGAGGUCCAAAUCAAAGUCCUCAGUGCUUGUAUUCUUGUUUGACUUCUUGCCUUAUUUCUUCUUUUAUCGUUUGGUAGUGGCACUGAUGCAAAUAGAAGAUUGGAAAGUUCUGAGAAGUAAUAACAUCAGUUGCUUGUACAAGGACGCUGCCAUGUUCACUCACAGUGAUCAUGAUAUCGCCUUAGCAGUAACUCCAUCCACAAUACAACUGCAAAUAUUUCAGUCUAUCUCUGAAAUGACAAUGUCCUCGAAAGUAACAUUGUCUAUUCGAAAAACAGUUGAAGACAUACUGCAGAGUGUAACUAAAUCUUUUCAUAAAUGUCUUGCAUACGAUGUGGGAUUCAUUUGUAAUGAAAAUGAAAAUUAUAUUCUUGGCAAAGAAGUUGCUAGCAAUUUUAUUCAAGAGGGUUUGUUGGUAGGAGGAAGGCAGAUGAGAUGCCCGCAACACCAGGUGGAAGAUUUCCACACCAUCAAUCCUGAUUAUCUGCUGGCUUAUUGGAUAUAAGAACCUAAUAGAUAUUAUCGUUUACGAUGUACCUAAACAUG